AUGUUUGAAGAAGCAGCCCAUGAAGUUGAUAUUAUGAUGGCUGCAUCAAUAAAAAAUAAAGACAGUUUUUUAUAUGACUCAUAUCAAGACUUUAUUUUAAAACAACAACAUAUAUCAGAUCUUGAAAUCUGUAUCGCUAAUCUUGACGAUCAAAUUGAGCUAGUAAAGGAUGCUGUAGCUGCAGCUAUAUUAAAUAAUCCUGAAAAUGUAGAAAAUGUUCAGUCAGUAUACAUUCCUCAACUUGGUUCUCUAAACAGAGCACAUAUGGAAAAAAUACAAGAGUUAAAAGCUUUGGAAAAAAGCUCAGCAUUUCAGAAAAGUGAGGGACCAUGCACUCAACAGAUAGAGGUGAUAUUACAAAAACUUAAUGUUCAGCGACAAGCAUAUCAUGGGAAAAGUUUUAUUGGUAACCAUGUACAUAAAAUGCUCAAAGAAGAAUCCAUAUUAGAGCUAUGCAAUUCUGUUCCUAUACUUGUUCAUAAAAAAGGAUUUUCUGGAACUACUCUUCAUGAAAAAUCAAUUGAAGUCUGCAACAAAUAUAAACAGCUUUUCUAUAAGUUUUCUAACUGUUAUCACAUAUUCUCCUCAAAAAAUAUAAGUACCAGUGAAUUAACACAACUCGAGACAUAUAUUUCUGAUUUUAUGAAAUUUUAUUGAGUCAAUUGGCCAGAAGCUUCAGUCACGCCCAAAUUACACAUGAUGGAAGAUCACGCAUUCCAUUUUUACAAAAAUGGGGUGCUGGGUUUGGUUUGUACGGUGAACAAGGAGGUGAAUCGAUUCAUCACGAGUUUAACAAAUUAAGUAUGAUAUAUCAAUCUAUUCCUUGUCGUACAAAACGAUUAAAAUGUAUCCUUAAAGCCCACCAUCUAAAAACAAAUUGUCAAAAUAGAAUUUUGACACCAGCAAUAAAAAAAAGAAAAAAGAAAUAAACUUUAUUUAACAUAAAACUUUAUUUAUUAUGAAACUUUAUUUACUAAAAAAAUAUUUAAAUGGUAG